AUAUAGGCCUUCUCGUCUCGUCAUCCACCCGCUCGCCCAUUCCCCUAUCCACGAGCAAGGCACAGCAGCAGGGGAGUCGGAGUGACAGCCGCCCGCAGGAUGCCGACACUAAACCUGAGCACCAACGUGCCGGUGGACGCGGUGGUCGCCGCCGACAUCCUCAGGGACUGCUCCAAGGCCGUCGCCAGGAUCAUCGGCAAGCCCGAAUCCUAUGUCAUGGUGUCGGUCAACGGGUCGGUGCCCAUGUCGUUCGCGGCCAGCGAAGAGCCGGCGGCGUACGGCGAGCUCGUGUCCAUCGGCGGCAUCGGCCCCGGCGUCAACGGCAAGCUGAGCGCCGCCGUCGCCGAGGUACUCGAGGCCAAGCUCUCCGUCAGCAGGUCCAGAUUCUACAUCAAGUUCGAUGACGUGCGGGGACACAACUUCGGCUUCAACGGAUCCACAUUCUAAGUCGACUCCAGCAGAAACCGAAGAUGAUGGUCGCUGCGUCCAAACAUCCAGCUCAAUACAUACCAACACCACUACAUCAAUAAACGCUGAUCAUGUGUCAUCCAUCACCCGCACGUCCAUGGAAAAUCCCGCUCGAGCACGAGACGCACCACCACUAGUUUAUGGGCUUUGUACUUUCACCUGAAAGCAUGCAGUGCAUGAUGGCAUGUAUCUGAUUCCAAAUUUUAUUGAACUUCAUUUUUUCAGUAAUGCAAUUCUACAGCCCUAAA